UCUCCCUUUACUCAAGUGGAAAACCUAAAAAGCUUAAACAAUAAACAACGACCCUCUCUGCCUGCAACGCUAUAGAGAUAUAGAGAGAGGAGGGGGCCGAACCCCCGUACCUUCAUUCAGAAACUUGAAUUUUAACAAUGAAUAAGGGCGGGGCAGGUGGAGGCACAAGCGGGGCAGGUGGUCCCACAGCUGCGGCGGCUGCUGCUGCUGCUCAGAAGCAGAAAUCAUUGCAGCAGAGAGUUGACAAUGAUAUUGGAAGUAUCGUUGACAAUUUCAGCAUCGUUGUUAAUGUUGCCCGGGUUAAUGAUCCUCCUGUAAGAAACUCACAAGAAGCUUUCAUGAUGGAGGUGCGGGCAGCAAGAAUGGUACAAGCAGCUGAUUCUUUGUUGAAAUUAGUAUCGGAGUUAAAGCAGACGGCUAUAUUUUCAGGAUUCGCGUCUUUGAAUGACCAUGUAGAGCAGAGAAGCGAGGAGCUAAACAAGCAGGCUGAGAAGACGGAUAGGAUAUUGGGUAGCAUUGGUGAAGAUGCUGCUGCUAGCCUUAAGGAGAUGGAAUCACAUUACUAUUCUUCUGUUGUCAGGUCAAACCAACACUUGCAACAAUGAUUUGCAAAUGUGUUCACACACACAUAUAUGUAGAGAGAAGACGAUGGUUUUGCAGCUAGAGGGUCCUCGGAGGGCGUUCUCUCAAAGUUGGGUCGAUUUGGUCAUGAAGUUAUGGUGUUGCUACAGGGGCGGGAUUAGUCAAAUAUGAGAUAAAGGUGGCCAUUCGAGUCGCCAGGAAAAGGACGAGAAAGGGGAUCUCUUGCUUGAGGUGUUUCUAAUUAGGGUACAAUGUUUGGUUUGUGAGAUCUAGAAUUGAAUUCCAUUCCACUCGUGUCUUUUGUUUAAAGAAAGUUUAAAAUCUGAAAUCUCACAACCGAAUGAUGGUUUUCGUUUC